GAUGCGUGCGAGCAGUGGAACCAAGUGGAACCGUGCAAAUGUAUAGUGGAAGCGACGUCACUGCCAACGAGAGUACGUACAGAAAGAAAAUCGGGUGAUUUUAUGACGCUGACGGUCCGUUGCUUGUUGGAGUAAUUAUUUCGUAAUAAAGCACAGUGUCGACGAGUGCUGAUGCACAGCGUGCGUGUAUACGGUAGAAAAGAAAGUGGUGUCGUACAGUAUUCGAUGGAAAAAAUGUAGUAUGCGUACUCCCGUGGAGUAGCAAGUACUGCGACUAUUACGUGUGUGCCGGCGUUUAGAAUAUAAUAUAUCCGUACGUUUCGUCGCGUAAUCACGGUUUUUCGUCGCAAUAGUAAACCAACGAAACGGACACGAAGAGUGAAACAGCGUUGUUUGUGUUUUUACGCUCGGCUACUAUUCUCGCGAAGCGUAGCUAUGCGAGAAACGGAUAAAUCGGUAACUGGCGGGCGGCAGCCAUUUUCCAGAUGAGUUUUUCCCCUUUCUUCCAAUAAGCAAAGAGCGGUAUGUCGUGAAAGAGAAAGAAAGAGAAAGGUAGAUGGCCGGAUUGGGGGACAGAGAGAAAGAGACGGAUAUGAAGAAAUGGGAAGAAUAGUGGUUAUUAUGUGUCGCCAAGUACGUUGAACAUACGGGGCUCAUAGUGAUCGGCCACCGAAAUUCACAAACGUGCCAGCGUGUAGUUUUUCUAGUUAAUGAGCGAUUAACCUUGUAUUGGCCGGUGCGAAGAAGAUAGAAUUAUCUAGGGAAGUGGCGAACCAGAGACAGACAACGUCUACCUAUGGAAGUAACUUAUUCAAAUAUAAUAAUAAAUAUGUAAAUAUACAAUCGUUGGAAUUUCUUGAUACUCUAUAAUCAAGAUAGUGUUGUGAGAUCAAUAAUGAAACAGGUGCUCUCAUUGGUGCAAUACGAUUCAACAAAACUGAGAGUUUCUUUAUCGAUUACAAGGAGCUCAUGAAAAGUGCAUCGAGAGUGCAUAUCUCUGACAAAGACAUCUGUGAUGUGACAUAAUUGAACAAGUUGGAUAUCAGUGUAAUAAUGUAGUGCCAACUUUGCAGAUGGAUAAACAGGGAUGACUGAUAAUUGCUGGAACUCUGGUGGUGGCGCUGGCGUCAAGAUGGAGCACUUUCAGGCCACCCUGGACCCAAGGAAGCAGGAGUUAUUGGAGGCACGCUUUCUCGGAGCAAGGAUGUCUGCUGGGUCACAAAUUCAGAUGGCACCCCAAUCAACUGUAAACUCUGGUCAGUCGGUUCAUAGUCAAGAUUCGAACAUGAGCACUGGCUCAUCGCAUAGUGAUAAGGAGGUAGACCCGAAUACUCCGGAAAAGGUACCAAGAACUCCUUCGGAAAGAAAAAGAAAGCGAAAAGCUGACGAUGGCGGUGGAGGAAUUACGGGAGGACCUAUAGGAAGUAAGGGUUCCAGGUCUGUAGCUGCCCUCGAGAAUAAAAAGAUCAAUGAGUAUUUUCCAAAGCAUCAUUUGGGCAGUAGUCCCAUUCGGCACGGUGGUGCUAAAAGCCCCUCUCCUCAACAGGGUUAUCCCAUGUAUCCACCAUCGCCUCAACAACUCCUUUCACCGCAAGUAACAACACCCAAUUCUUCGGUGGCAGAAUUCUCUUCAUUGAUGCAGCCACCGAGACCUCUUCCUCAACCUCCACCUCCUCCUCCACCAGCCUCGACACAACCUGCAGGCUCGAUGGUCAGCAAGCAGGUGCAGGUAAGGCCUACCAACCUCAGUAGGACAAGCCAGGUCAGGCAAGCGAAGACUAACACCCCAAAUACAGAACUUACUUGCCAGAGGAUACAGGAAUUUGAGACUCAAGCCUCUUCAGAUUUAGAAUUACGUAACAGCAAAAUUGAUGAGUUGAAUAGAACGACAGAUGAACUUAGGCAUCAAAUGGCUAAUCAACAGAAACUGAUUGAGCAGCACAAAUCCCAUAUAAAUAAAUGUAUAGACGUUGUAAAGAAAUUACUGAAAGAAAAAUCAAACAUAGAAAAAAAGGAGGCUAGGCAAAAGUGUAUGCAAAAUAGACUGAGAUUGGGUCAAUUUGUGACUCAGAGGGUUGGUGCGACGUUUCAAGAAAACUGGACGGAUGGUUACGCGUUUCAAGAAUUAGCACGACGACAAGAAGAAAUUGCGACUGAACGAGAAGAAAUUGAUAAACAAAAAAAACUGCUACUAAAAAAGAGGCCAUCGAAUAGUGAAACUGGUAGAAAACGUAGUCAGCCACAACCUUCCUUGCACAAUGGCACGGAAGCUACGUUUUUGAAACCGGAUGCAGUACCUGGAUCUUAUACAUGGCAGGAGUAUUAUGAAGCUGACGAAAUACUCAAGUUAAGACAAAGUGCAUUGAAAAAAGAAGAUGCAGAUCUGCAACUAGAAAUGGAAAAACUCGAAAGGGAACGAAAUUUACACAUCAGGGAGUUGAAACGUAUUCAUAACGAGGACCAAUCAAGAUUUAACUCUCAUCCUGUAUUGAAUGAACGUUACCUUCUAUUAAUGUUAUUAGGAAAAGGUGGCUUCAGUGAAGUGCAUAAGGCAUUUGACUUAAAAGAGCAACGAUAUGUCGCUUGUAAAGUUCAUCAACUGAAUAAAGACUGGAAAGAGGAUAAGAAAGCUAAUUAUAUUAAACAUGCGUUACGGGAAUAUAAUAUACAUAAAGCUCUCGAUCAUCCUCGUGUUGUGAAGUUGUACGAUGUGUUUGAAAUUGAUGCCAAUUCCUUUUGUACCGUCUUGGAAUAUUGUGAUGGACAUGAUUUAGAUUUUUAUCUCAAGCAGCAUAAAACUAUACCUGAAAGAGAAGCGAGAUCUAUUGUUAUGCAAGUUGUGUCUGCAUUAAAGUACCUCAAUGAAAUAAAACCCCCAGUCAUACAUUAUGAUUUAAAACCAGGUAAUAUAUUACUAACUGAAGGCAAUGUUUGUGGAGAAAUAAAAAUUACAGACUUCGGAUUAAGUAAAGUAAUGGACGAAGAAAACUAUAAUCCAGACCAUGGGAUGGAUUUAACAUCUCAAGGAGCUGGUACCUAUUGGUAUCUUCCACCGGAGUGUUUUGUCAUUGGUAAAAAUCCUCCCAAAAUAUCGUCAAAAGUUGAUGUAUGGAGCGUGGGUGUUAUAUUUUAUCAAUGUCUAUAUGGUAAAAAGCCUUUUGGACAUAAUCAAUCUCAAGCUACAAUUUUAGAGGAAAAUACAAUUCUGAAAGCUACCGAAGUUCAAUUUGCAAAUAAACCGACUGUUAGCAACGAAGCAAAGAGUUUCAUAAGAAGUUGCCUAGCAUAUAGGAAAGAAGAACGUAUAGAUGUAUUGACAUUAGCUAGACACGAAUAUCUUCAACCUCCAGUGCCAAAACAUGGCCGACAAGCGAAUAAUCAACAGCAGCAGCAACAACAACAGAUUCAGCAACAGCAGCAACAAUCGUCGUUUACUAUUGGCAUGUUUAGUGGUAUGAACGCGUCAAGCAGUUCGUAGUGGAAAGAAACUAAAGACAAAAUCUUUGAUAUGCUAAUACAUGCCAAAUCUUGAACACUGAAUUGCACACCAUCUCAUCUUAGGAAAAUAGCGAUUGCUAUAACGAACUGUAAAUAGUAAAAACCCGGAUAGUAUCACCAUCACCAAUACCACGAUAACCACUACCACUCCACUACCACUAUCACUACCAUCUCCACCAUCUCUACAAACUAUACUUACAGGCCGACUAUAUAAAACAUUGCGAGAGAUGCGAGACUGGUCGCCGCAAGUCCAGGAGCUUGCGUCUUUCUACGAGACAAGCUACAUUAUUCAGCAUGACAAAAAUGUUGUGUUCGUAAAUAUUCAAUUGUAUUAUCGUUCCUUGUAUCAAACAGUGAGCUGACUUGAUAAUAGUGUUUAAAGAGAAACAGAAAAAAAAACAUGUGAUAAGUCAUUGUGAAAUUAAGUGAAGUUCAAAUUAAGAAGAAAAAGAAACAAAGGAGUGCGGCAACGGGAAUCAUUGGAAGUGAAUUACUCGGUGAAUAAAGAGCAACGGAAGCGAAAAUAUCCGAGGCAGAGCACGUCAAAGCAGUUAAGAGGGACUUUGCUUUCGCGGAGACGUUCCUCUCUUCUGAAGUUAUGUAUGUAUGAAUGAAUGUGACGAAAGAUUGUUAAAACUAGCGUGCGUGUAUAUAUUUAUACUAUAUAUAUAUAUAUACUAAUAAAUCCGAUAUAAUAUAUAUAUAUGGUGUAAAGAACAGGACAGCAUUGACAGUGGGAAGAUAACUGUGGUGGAUCCUCGCAUGACCUCCGUGCAGCCAAGUAUUCCAUGAAUAUUUGACUGCACAUCAUGUUACUUUAUUCAAAUAUUAACAUUAUUACUGAUAUCAUGACUAAUAACGAUUAACAUACACGAGGAGAUUUGGUUGGUUGUUCCUAUUCUGAAACGAGUGGGCUUUAUCUAUACUGGAUUGAUUGAUCUAAGGUUUGAAUAUAAAAACAUAAAAAAAAAAACGUAAAUGAAUCGCGAUGCUCCCAAAUGAAAGAGAAACGUUUAGAAUCGUAGUCCACCGCUUAUUAUAUGCCCCAUGCACAUGUACAUUUUUAAUCCGAAAUUUCCUAAUCGAGUGGCUCCUUUUUUUUUUUUUCUUUUUCGAGAGUGGACUUCGGCGCGUUAACUAUGAUCUUACAUUUUCGUGAUAUAUAUCUAUUUGUAUAAUCAGGCGUUAAAAAUUUUUAAGGUGAAAAAAAUCAUAAUACUGUACCGACCUGAUUAUUAUUUCUUUAUUCAUAAUUUGUUUUAUAUAUGUACGUUACAUAUAGAUAAUUAUGAAAUAGAAGACUAAGUUAUUUUAUCAAGUGCCCUUGCUUUGUAUUAUAGUCGCAUCUGUCGACGUACUGCAGCUUUUGGGAGUAACAGAGAGUUGUUAAAAUGUUGUAAGUUGUUGGUACAAUGUGGGCACGGUAUUGACGAUUCAGUACCAACGUGAUUGGCAAAGUAUGGUCAGAGGAGAAUACAUUACAAGUCUGAACAGAGUCUACUACUAGA